UAUGGUUUAAUGUCAUAAGAUUGAACGAACGUACGUGAUGCUCCGUUUCUUCCCAGCUCUUUCAUGAUUUUGAUUUACUUGAUUAUUUUGUUUGUUACAUACAUGUCAGUUUUUAAUAAUUAUUGAUAAUGUAUUCUUAUGAGACAAAGCAUAUUUCCCAUUCAAGUUGCAGUAUUCUUGAGCGAAGUUUUAUAAUAAAUAAAAAUAAAAAGAAAAUUAAAGAAACUUUAGUUUGGUGUACAGUUAAUAUUUGUUUGCUUUGCCUACUAUUAUAUGAUUUUUUUUCAACAUGUCCUUUAUAUUUGAAUUAUUAUCACUAUAUUGAAUGUGGUUUGAUAAUAAUAUUUUCAAUAAACAUCUUUUAUUACAUAUUGAGACUAGGAAAACUUUAUAUUAAUUCAUCUGACAUGUCCAUAGCACAAACUGAACAAAGCAAACUGUUACUUAAAAGCAGUUCAGAUCCAAGCCACAAAAUUGCAACAUCAGUUAAGUCAAUUACAUAUUUGUCAAGUCUCGGAUCUAACAAUGUUUUGGGAACUCCUAUGAAUGUAUCAGAAUUAAGUUGGAGAUCAACUGCCUCAUCCGGUGAAAGUUUUCAUUUUUCGGCGCCAUCCUCACCCAGUUAUCAGAAAACUACUAGUACCGAUAUUUCGCAAUUUUCUCCAGUUGGCAUUGGUCGCCAUUCACCGUCUUUUGCAAAACAGUCCUCCCCACCUAUUUUGCGAUUUCAAAAUAGUUUGGUUGAUAUUAUUGAUGAUGAAGACAGUUUGGAUCAGUACAUCAAGGAUCAUGAAGCAUCAGAAAAGGUGAACAAGAUAUCAGAAAAGUCCCAAAGCUCCUUCAACCUUCUUAGUUCAUUCUGGAGUCACCCAGUUGCAAAGACUACCAAGGAUAUUUCAUCAUUUUUGAGUAAAAGCCAAUAUCAGUUAGCAACUCAGUCUCUAACAAAACGUCUAAGCAGAAGUCCAUCUAAACCAGAAGAUCAAACCUCAUUAGCUUCAAAUAUUUCCGCCUUAGAAGUGUGGACUAGAAUUAAUGUCGAUACUGUAGCUUUAACCAAAUGGAACGAGAAUCUGCGAAGAUGGAUAUCUCAAACUAUUAUUGAAAGGUUGGUUAAGGAAUUUGAUGUAAUAAAUGAUUCACUAGAGAAACAUGGUAUGACAGAUAUAAGGGUAGGAAGCGUUGGACUCGAUAGACUCAGGAAAACUUCCCAAAUGAUUCAAAUCACUCAAUUUAUUCCUUCAUUAACUACAAUAAUCCCAUUUCUAGAAGUUCAUGCUAAUCAAGACUAUUUAGAAAAGAGAAUACGAGAACUCGCCAAAGGUGGUUGUAUGAGUGAAUUUAAAUGGAACAGAGGAGGUAGUUAUAAUGGUAAAGAAUGGGAUGAUUCUUUACCAACAGAUUGUUCUGUUAUUAUGCAUUUAUUUGCUUCUUAUCUUGAUACACAAUUGAUGCCAUCGCCUAAUAUGCCAGACACUAAGGCUUUUAGUGGGCAUUACUAUGUUAAGGCUACAGAGAAAAUGGCACCCUCCACUCCAAAUACUGUAUACAUUCAUGAAGUUUCAGAAAAACCCCCUCAUUAUAGGAUUAUUGUUGGAGAAAAGAGUUAUGAAAUGGUUAAGGGCUACAAUAACUUGUUUCACAGCAUCUUGUUCUUCAUAUACCAUGUAAAUAAAAUUGAACAAGGAAUGUUAGGUCGUGUGAACCUUGGAAGGGCAGGUGUAAACAUGUUAUGGAUUAUAGGUUUAAAUGAAUAGGGUAUUUUUGUAAAUUCUUAAUUAAAAAUUUGUGAACUGUCAUGAUCUAUUUUGAUUUUGUUGUGAAUGGUGGUAGUGUGUUCGGCAGUUGGAAAAAUAGGUUUCAAUUUUAUUGGUUUGGUUCGGCCAUUUCUUACAAUAAUAUUUUUUAGGCAUAUUGUCAAAAUAAGUCCUAACAUUAA